AUGGCCGGAAACUCGCAUCUCGCACACACGCCGCUUCGGGCGAUCUCGGACAAUCUCUAUAGUGCCGCAACCGGUUUGCGCUCUAAGGACGGUGUUGCCCUUGGCGUUCUCGACCUCACGCCUGACAUUGCAUGGCGGAACUUCAUCGACAUACUUUGUCGCGCAAGCCCAAGACUUGGAAGAGCUGUGCUUACAAUUGGUCCUUUUGCAGUCCUCGCAUACGGCUUGUAUCACCACGUCUGGCAAGGCUUUCGUCUCCACACUCUUCUCGACAAAUUCACUGCACACUUCCAUGGCAGAAUCACGAUUCCUGGUGACCAUGCGCUCCACGGGUCUCUGCUCUCGUGGAUGGCCAAGAAUGGCGUGGAAACCGACACUCGAUCGCUUACAGUUCACAGCAUUUCGAACCAACGAGUCCACGCACGUGGCUCUAACAGUAUAUAUGAAGAGCCCGUCCAACGCCAAGAGCUGUCCUAUGUUCCCUCCGUCGGUUCGAAUGUCUUCUACUGGAACGGCUACAAACUGAGAAUACUUCGUGAAGCUGACCAGACUGAACAAUUAGUCGAUUCCACGGGUCAAGCAAUGAGAGGCCACACAAAGGUCCGCGAAUCGGACAUCACUAUCUCCACAUACUCUCUCUUCGGCGGCGACAUCGAGAUCAUCAAGGCAUUUCUCGAUCACGUGGACAAGACGGCCGAACCUGCAGACGAAGUCUUCACUCGCAUCCAUCGAAUCUCAAAGUACAUGCGCGAUGGGGAACUGUGGGAUCGUCCGAUCUCGCGUGCUCCUCGUGGCUUGGAGUCGGUGACGAUGGAAGCGGAGAAGAAGCAGAACAUCGUACAGGACCUGCAAGACUAUCUGCACCCUUCUGCCAAGAUUUGGUAUGCCAAUCGCGGAAUCCCGUGGCGUCGAGGUUACCUUCUGUACGGCCCUCCGGGUACUGGAAAGACUAGCUUCACCGUCGCAAUCGCGGGCCACUUCAGUCUGGACGUGUUCAUCGUCUCCAUGACGAUGUUAGAUCUCACGGACGACAGACUUGAGCAGCUGUUUGAUCUGCUCCCAACUCGAUGCGUAGUCCUGCUCGAGGACAUUGACUCCGCAGGAAUCCAACGCGAAAGCAUGAAGCCAUCCACAUCGGGACAAUCGGGAAAGAAGAGCAAGUCGCCCAAGAGAACACGUGUCUCACUCGCUGGUCUUCUCAACGUCAUCGAUGGCCCAUGCAGUGCUGAAGGACGUGUGCUCUUUCUCACCUCGAACUCCCCUGACUCCCUGGACCCGGCCCUCGUCCGCAGCGGGCGGAUCGACCGCAAGAUCCUCUUCGGUCACGCCUCCAGCGAAGUCACGGAGAAGAUGUUCCUGCACAUUUUUUCUUCAGCCCCGGGCGAGAAGCCUUCUCACAUCGCGGAACAAUAUGACCUUCCUGCACUUGCCAAGGAAUUCGCUGCCAAGAUGCCGGAGGACAAACUCACACCCGCCGAAAUCCAGAACUUCCUCCUCGAGAACCGCGACGAUGUUCUGGGUGCUGUUGAGAAAGUAGGCAAAUGGGCCGAGGAACUGGUCCAUACGAAAGCGCGUGGAAAGAACGUGGCUGCGUUCAGCGGCCAAGUCGGCGCAGGCGCGGAAAAAGCAGGUGAGUCUCGUCCCCGUCAAUCUCUCAUCAGAGAACAUUUGGAAGAAUUUAUUGCUCACUAACGACUCUGACAGCCACCACAGACGACGGCGUCCUCGUAAAUGGAAACGACCAUGCCGAAGACGUAGCUUCUGGAUCCGACGACGAAACGGAAGAGGAGACUCAGAGGAGGAGGGAACUGGAGUGGGAAUCGUACUCUCGCCCAGUUGAUAGCUACAGACCAAGACCAAGAGGUCAGUAUGGUGGUCGUCGUGGAGUAGUGUUCUCCUCUGCUCGACCUCCAGUUGGUCAACGUAACGAAGGCCGGGCAGCGCUCGAUUCGCGCGGCACGUACCCGCGAUAGAGUAGUGGAGUUCGCUCGCUGACACGCCUGUGUCGAUGCAGGUGGCUAUCGCGGGUCCCUGCCGUCGGAAUUACAGGACCUGGUCCUCGCGUCCGCCCGAGAGACCCUGCAGGCAUUGCAACGGAUUGGUUUGUACGAUGAACAACAACAUGGUGUGAACCGCUGGUCACCGAAAUGGGAAUUAUCAGUGAAAGAGGCGGGAAGGAAUCGCCUGUCUGGCCAGCUUGUAGGAAUACAAUAG